AUGAAGCCGCUGGAGAAAUUUUUGAAGAAGCAGACGUCGCAGCUGGCGGGGCGAACGGUGGCGGGAGGUCCCGGCGGGGGUCCAGGGAGCUACGGUGGACCUGGAGGGGGUGGGGGACCAGGCGGGGGUGGCUGUCCAGCCGGGGGACUGCGGCCGCUGCAGCGGCGUCAGAGCGUGUCUCGGCUGCUGCUACCAGCUUUCCUCCGGGAGCCCCCCGCCGAGCCGGGGCUGGAGCCGCCCCCUGAGGAGGAAGGGGGUGAGCCGGCGGGGGUCGCUGAGGAGCCAGCCAGCGGGGGGCCCUGCUGGCUGCAACUGGAGGAGGUGCCUGGGCCCGGACCACUCGGGGGAGGGGGACCCCUGCGCUCCCCUUCCUCAUACUCCUCAGACGAGCUGUCCCCCGGAGAGUCCCUGACUUCGCCCCCCUGGGCCCCCCUGGGCGCGCCCGAGAGACCAGAGCAUCUUCUGAUCCGGGUUCUGGAGCGGCUGACCGGAGGGGCCACCAGGGACAGCGCCGCCUCAGAUAUCCUGCUGGAUGACAUCGUCCUCACCCAUUCUCUCUUCCUCCCCACGGAGAAAUUUCUGCAGGAGCUACACCAGUACUUUGUUCAGGCAGGGGGCAUGGAGGGCCCCGAGUGGCUGGGCCGGAAGCAGGCCUGUCUAGCCAUGCUCCUCCAUUUCUUGGACACCUACCAGGGGCUAUUGCAGGAGGAAGAGGGGGCUGGCCGCAUCAUUAAGGAUCUGUACCUGCUGAUUAUGAAGGAUGAGUCCCUUUACCAGGAUCUCCGAGAGGACACUCUGAGGUUGCACCAGCUUGUGGAGACAGUGGAGCUAAAGAUCCCAGAGGAGAGUCAGCCACCCAGUAAGCAGGUGAAGCCACUCUUCCGCCACUUCCGCCGAAUAGACUCCUGUCUGCAGACCCGAGUGGCCUUUCGGGGCUCCGAUGAGAUCUUCUGCCGUGUCUACAUGCCUGACCACUCCUACGUGACCAUACGCAGCCGCCUCUCAGCAUCUGUGCAGGACAUUCUGGGCUCUGUGACUGAGAAACUGCAGUACUCAGAGGAGCCUGCAGGGCGGGAGGAUUCCCUCAUCCUGGUAGCUGUGGCCUCUUCCGGAGAGAAGGUCCUCCUGCAGCCGACUGAGGACUGUGUCUUCACCACGCUGGGCAUCAACAGUCACUUGUUUGCCUGUACCCGGGACGGCUAUGAGGCCCUGGUGCCCCUGCCCGAGGAGAUCCAGGUCUCCCCCGGUGACACAGAGAUCCACCGAGUGGAGCCUGAGGAUGUUGCCAACCACCUUUCUGCCUUCCACUGGGAGCUGUUCCGAUGUGUGCAUGAGCUGGAGUUCGUGGAUUACGUGUUCCACGGGGAGCGCGGCCGCCGGGAGACGGCCAACCUGGAGCUGCUUCUGCAGCGCUGCAGCGAGGUCACGCACUGGGUGGCCACCGAGGUGCUGCUCUGCGAGUCCGCGGGCAAGCGCGCGCAGUUGCUCAAGAAGUUCAUCAAGAUCGCUGCAAUCUGCAAGCAGAACCAGGACCUGCUGUCCUUCUACGCGGUGGUCAUGGGGCUGGACAACGCCGCAGUCAGCCGCCUGCGGCUCACCUGGGAGAAGCUGCCAGGGAAGUUCAAGAACUUGUACCGUAAAUUUGAGAACCUGACGGACCCCUGCAGGAACCACAAAAGCUACCGAGAAGUGAUCUCCAAAAUGAAACCCCCUGUGAUUCCCUUCGUACCUCUAAUCCUCAAAGACCUGACAUUCCUGCACGAGGGCAGUAAGACCCUUGUUGAUGGUUUGGUGAACAUUGAGAAGCUGCAUUCAGUGGCCGAAAAAGUGAGGACAAUCCGCAAAUACCGGAGCCAGCCCCUUUGCCUGGAUGUGGAGGCAUCCCCUCAUCACCUGCAGACCAAGGCCUACGUGCGCCAGUUCCAGGUCAUCGACAACCAGAACCUCCUUUUCGAGCUCUCUUACAAGCUGGAGGCCAAUAGUCAGUGAGAAAGGAGGUGCUGGUCAGCCCUACACCAGGUCCAUGGGUACCUGGCACUAAGCACUUUGCACACUGUUCCAACCUACAUCUGCCAUCUUUC